UGUAAACAAUGGGGGGGAGCGGAGUUAAUCCCGGCCCCGCCGCCGCCCGGCUCAGUGCUGCGGCCGCCGCCCCCCGCAGGCUUCUCUCGGGUCCGCUGCGCCCCGCCGCAGGCUUCUCUCGGGUCCGCAGCCAGCUGUGGGAAAACACCGGGGAUCCAGCAUGUCUGCCGACGUCUGGGUGGGAGCAUGGAGACCCCACCGGCCCAAAGGGCCCAUCGCUGCUCUCUACAGCAGUCCCGGGCCCAAGUACGGGCUCCCCACAAACGUAGGUUACCCCCUUCACGACCCCUCCCGCUACCGAGCCCCCGCGUACAGCUUCGGCAUCCGCCGCCUCUAUCUGCAGGAUGAGUGCUCCCCGGGACCCAAGUACAUGGUGCCAGCCAAGAUGACCAUGAAGGGCAAAGAUGGUAACCCUGCCUACUCCAUCUAUGGCCGUCCCAGGGACCUGAUGCCCUUCCUGACCCCCGGGCCAGGUCGAUAUUCUCCAGAGAAGGCAGGGAAAUGGGCCUAUCACUCCGCGCCCAUCUAUUCGCUCGCCUCGCGCACGAAGGAGUUUGCGAAUGACCAGACUCCAGGGCCUGCUGCCUAUGGGCUCCCCCCAAUGAUCGGGCCUAAGGUCGUCGGCAAGAGCACUGCCCCAAACUAUUCCCUCCUGGGGCGCAGCUUGGUCGGCAGCUUCUAUGAGGACCUGAGCAAGACGCCAGGGCCCUGUAACUAUCGUGUGGUGGAACCCAGCGUGUACAAGACCCGGGCCCCCCAGUACAGCAUGCUUGCCCGCAACAUGCUCCCUGGGGACAACACGCAGAAACCAGGGCCCGGGGCGCACAGCCCGGAGAAGUACGUCCAGCAGCGUGGCCAGACCUUUGGGAUCCGCCACUCCGACUACCUGGCACCCCUCAUCGUGGAUGUGGUGGAUUAAGCGAGCGCGGUCGGAGGAGCAGAGGGAGCAGCUGGUUGCAGGCGUUAGAGAGAGGGACGGGCUGGACAAGAAUUUUGCAUUUGAAAAUC